CACCUAUAUAUAAUAUAUAUUUAUAUUACAUAUAUAAAAAUAUACACCAACCGAGAGAGCAGAAAGCCACGACAAAGUCGAGCUUACAUACGCAUCGGUCUGCUUCGACCCGACUUUUCUUUUUUUUCGUAUAAUAUACAUUACCUUAUCGACGUUGCAUUGCCGCCACCACCGCUGCUUUUGGCAUUUAUUAAACGUUGAUAAUAUUCGCAGUAUAGCCGUGGUAGUUGUGCACAUGUAGCGGUGUGCGUGAGCUUAAACUGUGCCGCAGAUAAGUUUGUUGAUCGACGCCUCGCGAUCGACCUCGCAAGACAUUUAUAUACCGGGCAAAUAUAAUAAUUUACCGACACAAGUCGCAGAGUUUAGCAAAAAAUAUAUUGUAUCGUGAAAAAGGAGACAAAUAGAGAGGGGCAAAGUUUUGGAGGCGCAGCGCAACGAGCGAGUUCUCGCAAAGGAAAGCGAGAAGAGAGUCAGAUAAGAAUAAAAUAAUCCCGGUCGCAGUGCGCGCUACGCAAAAGUCUCUGGUGCAAGUACGAUAUUUUACGCACGCGGGUCCGACAACGACGCUCGCGCCGGUGCACUUCGCCGCCGAUGGGAAUAGAGACUUUCCCGGAAUAGAAGACGCUGCUCGCGAGCGGCUAAACAUUCGGCGCCGAUCGAGAGCCAAAUCGGAAGAGUUCAAAGAUUUGCGCGCGCCUGGAAAAGCUCUAGCGGUUCGGCUAUACACGAGAGCUCGGCCAGCGCGGCGUAUCCGAUAUAUAGGAAAAAAGGAAAUAUAUAGCAGCAGGUCAGAAGCCCGACGUCAAGGCCCUGUCGGUCGACGUUAACGUAAAGUCGCCGUGGCGUGGCGUGCAUCCGUCGUCGGUCGAGUCCAUGCGCUGCAGCUCGAGCAGUGGCGGGCGUGACCUUUGACCCAGUCUCUCUCUCUCUCUCUCUCUCUCUCUCUCUCUCUCGCUCUUUGGAGUACAAUACACAGUGCCGUGUGUCGUGACUAUCAGUGGCGCAGCAGCGGAGUAGUCUGGACAGCCACGUGCGCAUACUCUCUAGUAGCGGCGGCGGAGCAGCGAGAGCAGUGUGUGCGUGUGCUUGCAAAGCUCUCUCGUCCCCCCCGGACGACGAAUACGAGACAACAGAAGCAGCUCGCUCGUUUGUUGACUUUUGCCGCAGCCCGAGAAACGAUAUGCCAUACGGAUCGUCGUCGCUGCCUCGGCGCUUCUCUAUGCAAUAGAGCCAGCAGCGACGCGGGGCCACGAGCUGCGCUCCAACUGCUCCUUAAACUCGAAGCUUGCGAAGCUCCGUUCUCCGACAACACAGGUUCAAACAAUUGGCCGCCACUGUCUCAAUAGUCUCAAUUUUUGACAGCUCGAAUCGCACGAUAUCGGCUUGGAUCCCUUCGUACUCGAGCCCUACCGCAAAUCGUGAACGGACGGAAAUUACUAUAAAUCGGCUGGCGUAGAGCAACUCGAAAUCAUGGCAGGCGAGGAUCAAUUGACCCUGUCGAACGGCGACAGCGUGCCGACACCCGACGUCAUGACAAUAAUUCCACCCCCGCUGAGCUCCGUGACGAACGGCAACGGAAAGGUAAACGAGACGAACGGCGUGAAGCAGCAGCAACACAACAACAACGGUUCGAUCGUCUCGACGAAUGCCAAGGAAAAGGAAAUGGUCGCCGCGGACAACGGCAAGGUAUCGGCCAUCACCUCGGUGGCCGACGACAAGUCCAGCAGCUUCCAGACCGACUACGACGACGAGGAGACGUCCUGCGGCUGGGGACCCUUCAGGCCCAAGUGGCUCCAGAGGCUCGCCACCAAGCAAAUGUUCCUCGUCGUUUUCUGCCUCACUUGGGUGCUGCAAGGGAUGUACUUCACGUACUUCGUGUCGGUCAUCACAACGAUCGAGAAGCUCUUUCAAAUCCAGUCCAAGACGACGGGCCUGAUCAUGUCGGCCACGGAGAUCGGACAGAUCGGUUCGUCGCUGCUGCUGACGUAUUACGGCGGCCAGGGCCACAGACCGAAGUGGAUCGCCUGGGGCAUGAUCCUCUUCGCCGUGAGUUCGUUCACCUGCUCGAUGCCGCACUUCAUCUUCGGCGACCAGCUGAUCAAGCAGAACGAGCUGCAGUUCAACGGCGGCACUCUCAGUGGCGAGGUCAACGGUACCAAUGUCACGAGCCCGGUCCCCGCCAAUCUCUGCAAGUUCGCCGACAACAGCACGCUCAAUGGCUGGUCGUUGGCUGGAGCGACGCUGCAGCAACGCUCCGACACGGUCGAAUACUGCGAGGGAGAAUUUUUGGUCGAGCAGCGCACCCAAGUGAAAAUCGUCACCGUCGUGCUCGGCAUUUUCUUCAUAUCGCUGCUGGGCGUCGGCAUGGGCCAGACGACCGUUUAUACCCUUGGAAUUCCCUAUAUCGACGAUAACGUGGCCAGCAGAGAAAGUCCCCUUUAUUUUGCGAUAACCAUAGGAGUUAGAAUUCUCGGACCUGCCAUGGGCUUCAUGCUGGGAUCGCUGUGCACGAUGGUUUACGCCGAUCUGUCCGUCGACCCGCCGAUCACUCCGUCGGAUCCAAGAUGGGUUGGCGCUUGGUGGCUAGGUUUGGUGCUCAUAGCGUCAAUGUUGAUGUUGGUAACGAUUGGUAUGUUUGCUUUCCCAACGAGACUGCCGAAAAGCCGAACACCACCAAGAAGAGCUGACGCCAAAAAGCCAAGUUUAGUAGACUUUCCAAAAGCCGUGAAAAGACUGCUGAAAAAUGACAUACUUAUGUUCCGUACGGCCAGCAGCGUCCUCCACAUUCUGCCGAUAGCCGGCCUCUACACGUUCCUGCCGAAAUAUCUCGAGAGCCAGUUCCGCUUGGCAGCCCACUCGGCGAAUCUGAUCUCAGGAGUCGGCGGAAUACUCGUUAUGGGUCUGGGUAUCAUACUCAGCGGCGUUUUCAUUCUCAAGAUGAAGCCCAAUGCGAGAUUCGUCGCGGGCUGGAUCGCCUCGACGGCCCUGGCGUACGCCGUUGGCAUGGGUAUACUCAUGUUCGUCGGUUGUCCGAUGAACGACUUUACCGGCCUCGUCACCCCCCAGCAAGGACCACCUCAUUUCGAGCCAACUUGCAAUUCUACCUGUUCGUGCGACACGAACAAAUUCAGUCCAAUCUGCGGUGCCGAUGGUAAAACUUAUUUUUCCGCCUGUCAUGCGGGCUGCUCCAAUUACACGGUUUUCGAAGGCAAAGUCACCAGCUUCUCGGACUGUCAAUGCAUAUCGAGCAAUUACACGAUCACGCCCGAGCCCAUGCCCGAGUUCACGGCCAAGACGGGCUACUGUCCGCUCGAAUGCGACAACUUUUACGUCUACCUCAUACUCUUCUCGGUCUUUGUUUUCAUACACUCGACGAGCGAGGUAGGCUCGAUGCUGUUGAUACUGCGAUGCGUCGAUCCUCGCGACAAAGCCAUGGCUCUCGGUCUCAUACAGUUUGCCAUUGGCCUUUUCGGUAACGUGCCAUGUCCUAUAGUAUACGGAGCCGUGGUUGACUCGGCCUGUCUAGUGUGGGAGUACGCGUGCGGGGAAAAGGGAGCCUGCUGGCUCUACGACUCCCAAGUCUUUAGGAUGUUCUUCCAUGGUACAACAGGUGGUAUAAUGGCCUUGGCCUUCAUAGUCGACUUGAUAGUCUGGUACAAGGCGGGCAGUAUAAACUUCGUCGACGAGCCCGAAAACGAAGUCGGCACGGCCGAGGAGAUGGCGAAUCUCAAAACUCAAGACGUGCAGUCGGUCGAGAACGAUUACGUCUGAGUUACACUGCGCCUCGGAUCAAGCCUCAUUAACAAGUUAUUUUCCAAAAGAAAACGCGAUGAAGGCUCGACGUUGACCGAACGAGCAUAGAUUCGCUAACAAAUCAAUGGUAUAAUAUUUAAUACAUAAGGGAGAGAAGCGAUAAAUUCUUUAAAACGAUAUAGAAUAAAGAUUAAUUUAAGCCGAGCGAAUGGGUUUACAAGACGACAUAUUUUAUUGUCAAUACAGUGACGUACGUAGAAUUUAUACAGAUAUUUAUCGCAAUUGCGGAAGGAUGAAGUACGAAUACGCGCAAUAUAAUAGGUGCUCAUGAGAGAGGAACUAUUUUAUUUGACGAUGAAAGUAAGACGCGUAUGAGAGCCAAUCAUGUAUGCAUAUUGCGUUUUUUUGCAUUCGCAUAACAUUUAUUUUUGCGUGAUUGAUAAAUUGUAAAUAGAUAUAACACAUGCUCGAUAAAGUCUCGCUUCGAAUUAGAUCUUUAUUGACCACAAUAUGACAAAGAAGAGGAAAUAUUUAUUGUAUUUUUAAGGUGUAUGUAUGUGUGUAAGUAUGCUAAUGUGUCUACCUCGCGUAAAAAAUUUUAAUACGAUCUUGUAAUAAAUCAAGCACCGUAAAAACUCGACGAAUAUUAAGUACGUUAACGAAAAAUGCUUCAUUUUUAAUUUCUAAAAACAUAUGAAGAAAUCAUUUUCUCUUAAUUUUUAAAUGCCAAAUCCUGCGAUAAUUUUGAAAUAAAAUAUACACAUUUAUGAAAAUAGAUCUUUAUGAGACGAACGAAUACUGAUCCAGCAUAAUUUAAUGAAAGUGCAUGUACAGCUUUAGUAUUACUAUUAUUCCACAUAGGUUUCAAUGCAUUUAAAUAUAAAAUGUGAUGCAAUUUUUGAAAUCUAUCAUAUUGCAUUUUUACAUAAGUUCUUAAUUUGUUAUCUGAUUUUUUGUAGAUUGCUGAGAUUUUUCAUUUAUUAAACGAAGUACCUUUCAUACAUUUUUAUUGGAUAAAUUUUAAAAAGCUAUAAACGCAUACAAAAGUACAAAGUCAAACAAUAUUGAUAAUCUUCUAAAGUUACUUAUAUUCAGAAAAAAUGUCAACAUAACUUUGGCUUCAAAAUUAUUGAAUUUCGAGUAUCUUCAUUUCUUAUUGAUAUGAAAUUAAAAUUGAAUAUCGAAGAA